AUAAGUAUUUAAUACAAAUGGACUUCAAAUGGGUUUAUUGAUGUAAUUUAUUUAAUAACUGUUAUGAAAGACAAAGAGAGAAAUUGAUAUAACCUAAGUGGAUACCCCGGACUUUUUUUUACAAACUCUUCAUCAUUUCAACGUUGCUAGCUAUAAGAGUUCAGUUCGAUACGAUCAACCAAUCAAAGACUUAUCUGAGAUAGUUUUAAAGUUUUUACUGUUGCAGCUUUGAUUAAAAUUAAUCAAAUUAAGUUACAUGUACUACACAAAAGUCAAAAUGAUAAAAGACGAUCAAUAAUCAGUCAAAAUAACCGAAGAACAAAAUGUAUUUUGUUGGAAUUGCAUUGUUUUUGUCACAAAUAGUAUGCUGCAGCUGUAAUAUGAUAUCCCUGACAGCCACGCCAUUGAUUAACGUAUUUACCUCACAUCCGGGCUAUGAUGGGCAUGUGCGAUAUCCUGACGGGAACUAUACUCAAGAUUGGUACUUAACAACGAACUGGAUCAACCACACAAUAAAAAUACAUUUUGCUACUUGCUUCAUAGAAAAUUCUAAAGGAGUCUGUUUGUUUGAUUACCUUUACGUGUAUGAUGGGGCCAACUCCAGCAGUCCUGAAUUGCUGAAAACCUGUUGUGGAAAAACACAUAGUGCAACAUUAGAAAGCUCUACUGGAGAGAUGUAUAUCUUCUUUGAGACAGAUAAUACGGUCGGAGAUACAGGUUUUGAGAUCGAAUACUGGUCCAAUGGUAUCACAACAACAACUACGACAACAACGGUAGCUCCUACUACAGAUAACAGUCGUUACAUCAUCAUAGCCUGCGUGGUCACAGGCCUGUUAGUGAUAAUUGUAGCUGUCUUCAUAGUCGUUAUGGUCAUGAAGAAAAAUAAAGCAGCUACAUAUCCUCGACCAUUCUUAGUUGAUGACGGAAACCCUAUACAGCCAGACUCAAGGAAUACCAAAUUUAAAAAUGGUCAGAAAAAGAUGGCAUUUCCUGCUCCACCACCUACUCCACCGCUGCAUACGAUUAUGCCACAAACAGAAACCAAUUUAUUUGAUUUAGAACUUCCUGAAAAGGGACGUGCUAAUCGUUUACCCCCAUUGUAUAGUUCAAUCGCCACAUCAAACACAAAUUGAGAUUAUCUUGAGAUUCAUAUAAUUUUUUCCAGAAAUUUAUUAUGAAUGCAUCUCGUCAAAAGUUAAUCUGUUCCCUACUUACCACAUACGUUUUUCGAUUAUUAAACGUAACAACAGUUUAAGAAUUUCUGUGAAAACAACUGAAUUCAAUUGUUUGCUUGUUCUUAAAAUGUAGGCUCGGAAUUCGAGUUAGCUAAUAUUAAAAAUUGUUUUUGAUAUAUAUAUAUAUAUAUAAGUACGUCUGAGUCAGUGACAACCCUACAACAGAUGUAUCCAUCGGAUCGCCAUCAAUGAUGGUGAUACAUGACUGUGUACAUAAUGUAUAUACAACUCGUCUAAACA